AUGGAGGCCGAGGGAGCACCGGCGCCCGGGCAAGAGCUUCCAGUGGAGGCGCAGCACAAGACAACUGGCAGCGAUUCAAAGUUGCCAGAGGCGGGGGGCCUCGAUCAGCCCGCUGCUGACGACGGUGCCGUCGCCGCUGCUGUCGCCGUGGAGCCAGAGCAGCCCACGGAGCAGGUGAUGGAGGAAGAAGCGGCAGAGCUGGCACCGCAGGAGCCGGUGGCAGCGGCAGAGCCUGCCGCCGAGGCGCCACCUGCCGAGGCGCCUGUGGAGUGGGAGGCACCUCCGGCUGCCGAGGAGGCUGCCGUGCCCGUAGAGCCGCCUGCAGCUGAGGAGCCCAAGGAAGAGCCUCCAGCGGCAGAAGAGCCCAAGGAGGAGCCUGCGGCUGAGGAGCCAGUGGCGGCCGACGGCGGCAGCAAGAAGCGGCCGUUGGAGGAGGACGCUGCCCCAGGGGGCGAGGAGCCGCUGGCCAAGCAGCCCAAGCUGGAGGAGGCCGCCCCUGCAGCAGCGCCUGCAUCGGACAAGCCACGCGUGCGGGCCAACCAGAACCAUCCCGCGGCCAUCGCCUUGCGCAAGAGGAAGUCGCGCAAGCCUGCCACCUUGCCGGCCGAGCCGGAGGUGCUGUUCCCGGUUGGCCAGUCCCCCGCCGACCUGCACUGCCCACGUCGCCUGCGGACCGCCACCGCUCGGCGGCCCCGCAGCAACCGUGCUGCAUGGGGGCGGCUGAAGCAGGCGGCCCACGGCACGCUGCCGCUGGGCACCAAGCGGAGCAAGAGCGUGUACUGGCAGGGGGCUGUGGAGGAGGUGCAGCCCUCGGCCAGCAGCAGCGAGGAGGAGGACGAGGAGCCCAGCAGCUCCGAGUACAGCGACAGCGACGAGGACAGCGAGGGUCCGCGCCGCAGGAAGGGGGCAGGCCGUGGCGGUGGCCGCACCUCGGGUGCCGCCAACCACCACCAGGCACAGCGCCCCAGCGGCAACCAGGGCAGCUAUGGCGGGCAGGCCGUGGACCCCGCCAUUGCUGCCCAGCUGGCCAACGUGCCGCCCCACAUGCGUCAGAUGGUGAUGCAGCAGCUUCUGCAGCAGCGCCAGCAGCAGCAGGCGGCGGCGCGUGCCCCCAACUUCACCGACCUCAACCAGCAGCAGCAGCAGAUGGUGAUGCAGCAGCUGAUAGCCAGCCUGCCACUGCAGAUGCAGAACCAGUUUGCCCAGCUGGCGCCGCAGCAGAAGCUGCAGUACAUCCAGCAGCUGUACGCACAGCGCGUGCAGCAGCAGCAGGCGGCCGCCGCCGCCCAGCCUGCUGCCCAGCCCGCUGCCGCUGCCCAGGCGCAGGCGCAGAUGGUGCAGCAGCAGCAGCUGCAGCAGCAGCUGUCCACCCUUUACACCACACUGCCGCCAGCCAUGCAGCAGCAGCUGGUGGCGCUGCCGCCCGAUCAGCAGCGCGCCAUGCUGCUCCAGAUCUUCCAGCAGCAGCAGCAGCAGCGCCAGCAGCAGGAACAGCAGAUGCGGAUGCAGCAGCAGCAGAUGGGUGGGGGCCAGCAGGCACCCCAGGCGCAGCAGCCUGUUGACGUGACGCAGUUCCUGUCCUGA